CAGUCACUAUUUGAACCCAUCGAUCGUGAACCGACAUCUCUAAUCACUGACUUCCUCCUUCUGUGACUUCCUCUGACCUGCACAUCUUUAUCCUCACGAUUUUUACGAACAUCUGAAUUAUUAUUGUUUGGCGUUAUAUUGGUCCUUCCCCGUUACUCGAUGCCGUCCGAGUUGGUCAUCCUCCCACCCUCGUCGCCCCUCAUGAUUUCAGCCAUCCCCCCCCCACGUCCAGUCUCCGUCAAUUCGCUGGCGAGAGCGUCAGUCUCGUCAUCCAUCCCAUAUGCCAAAUCUAUUCGUAGUACUAGCGCCGAGUUUCAGCUGCCCGAUGGCCCCAUCGCCCCUCCCACAGUGCCUGGCCAGCUGGCCUGCCAGUCCCCUGUGGAUACCGACAUGGAAGAUGUGGAGAUCAUUGUGGGUGCACCGCGACCUCUUCGGUCCGAACUCCAGUUCCAAAAUCUGCCCGUGGAGAUCCACGAAGCCGUGCUGGACUAUGUAUUCGGCGAACGUGCGGCGGCUUUUACCAUCACCGGCCCUGGAAAAUCGCCUGGUCGAAGCUGGAAUAAAUCACUCCGUCAUCCGCGACGAAAGGUGUUAUCGAACCUGGCAUUGAUUUCGCCGGUGUGGAGAUCGUUAGUGCAAGAUCGCAUUUAUAGACAUAUCAAGAUUAAAGGUACAGCCGAGGAGCUAGCCGAAUCGGCGCGUUGGUUCCGGGCACAUCCCCACUUGGCUAGCUAUGUCCGUCACGUCGAGAUAUGGAUCCCCGUGUGGGGGAAGCGAGCAAUUAAGAAUAGCUCGUCCCAGAUUCCCGCCCGGAGAUACAAUGAUGAAGACAUGGAAGGAGGUGCGGUCCAUAAUGCCAUGGUAUGGGACGAUUCGGAUACCAAUCAUGGUAACGACUACAAGUACCACUAUGCCAGUCACAAUGCCACUUUAGAAGAGAUCUUUCACCAUGUGCAGGCUUGCUUUCCGGAGGCCCGCAUUCUGACCCUCGAAGGAGGCCACUGCAAAAAACCGCCGAUGGUGCGUCACUUCAGGAGCGAUCCAUGCGGUUUCUCCGACCAGCGGCUGCCAGUACUGCCGGAGAUUCGUUCGUUUGUGAUGCGUGGGGCGUGGAACAUCAUGCGCGACCAUAAACAUUGGCGCAAUCUGUCGGAAGCCUUGCCGGGCGUGAGAGAGUGGCAUUGCGCAUACGCGAAACCAAAGGUAGAAGGCUAUGAAACCAUCGCGGAAAUCCUACGCCGGCUUUCGCCUUCCAUUGUACAUCUUAAUAUUAGCCUGGAAGGAUUCUACAGUAAGGAUAGCUCGCAGACCAACUGGCUGGGCGAUGGAGCCAAUCCCCCUCAUCUAUGUCGCCUACUCGGAGAGGUCAUCCCUCGCUUGGAGUCACUUGCGUUUACAGGCAAGGUCUGUGCUUGCCUGUUCCAACCAACACGAAAUCCUCUGUCCACGUGGCCGCCCAAGGUUUCGAGAUUGAGGUCGCUAGACCUUGUGGUUAAGAAUUGCUGCCGCGACAAGCGUACCAGCUCGGGACUACCAUUUCUAGACGAUUUCUCACGCAUCACCAACCUCCACUUUAUCCGGGCGUUUGAGCGACUGGUCACCGGCGCUGUCCAUAGUCUCAACACCCACCAGGCGCUCAACUACAUGCGGGUUCGAUUCAUUGACCUGGACUCGGCCUGCCCCCCUCUCAACCCAUAUUUUCAGCUCAUUGACGACGAAUGCUCCGGUCUCUGGAGCGAGCGCAUUCUCGACAUGCUCCAUGAGGCUCGACCGCAGGCGCAUUUUGUCGAGUUGUCCGACGGUAUUUAUCCACAGUAUGGGCCCAACCAUCAGAUUGUGGGCGCAGUAUACCCACGCACGCGACCUCUGAGCAUCCACGCGUCCACCUACAAAAUCAUCGCGGAUGUAUCCAAAUCCUGACCAAAUACCCAACCCAAGAUCCUGGAUCGGGGAGACCUGAAGUUCGUAGCAGUACACCAAAGAUUCUGAACC